AUGACAACCCAGCUCCCCGACACCGAUAAUGCAUACGUGCACUCCGACGAAGAAGCCCUCCCUGUCGACGACACUGCUGCAAGCAUCUGCAGUGGUGAAAGCGACCAAGAACCCCGCGACCCAGACGAAAUAGACACCAGGCUCCUGGAUGCCGAGGAUUUCGUCUUCGAGCAGAACAGAGGCGCACUACACGCUUCCCUCUACGGACCCUCCGCAACCAGCGCCAAGGUCUCAGCCGUCCUUACCCACGCAGGGAAGUUGGUGAGGAUUGAAGAGGAGGGCGCGGGGUAUUUACACCCUUCUUUUGAAUCGUAUCACCGAACAAAGAAAUUCAUUAAGAACCCCGACGACGCCUACAGAAGCUACGUCGACUACGAAGACGCGCUCUACUUCGACUGCGAGGCUGACCCGGCGUACCACCAUGCCCAUCCCGGUACACUAACAAUCCACGGCUAUGGGCUGGACUGCUGGGACUACGUCGAGGAGACGAAAUACGGGUUAGCAAUUGUGCGCCGCGGAUAUGCCGACGUUACCCCAACACCGCUCCCCGGCGCAAGCGUGAAGCAGCUUUUGCGACGGGUAGAUGAUUUGAAGAAGAGGCGCGGAGGGCAGUUCGGUCUGUACGGGGAGUCGCAGGACUAUUUCGUCGAGGAAGACGUCGAUUUACGCCAGUUGAUCGGCGACGAGGCAAUGGCCGGUAUAGUAUCAUCCAGAAAGGAUAUCCACGGGAGCGCGACAGCGCUCCUGAACGUGCUAAAUCGCGCGGACGUCUUCGCAGACCUAACCAAGAAACCGUGCAUCUCGCAAGAGUGGAAUACCGUGAAUCCCGAGGGCGCACUGGGCAUGUGGACAUUCAUCUGGCAGAUGAUCAUCACGACGGAGUUGGCGAGGCGGCUUGCGACGGGUGAGGCGAAGGGGGGAUCGAGCAGAUUCUCGCGCCAGGCUCUUGCAUCGUUGAUUAUUGCUGAUAAGUGGAUGAGUAACGCGGAGCCGCGCAUGACGGAGGGAUUACCCCUGCCAGACCCAAGGGAGGUUUCGCCUGAGGAGAAGGUGCAGACGGAGGAGUUGUUUGCGUUGGCUGAAGAGGCGAUGGAUGAUGAAGAUCCCGAACCGGAACUCGCGGUGCAGUGUCUCGGCGUCGCGAUUGCGCUUGAUCCGGCAAACACCAAAUACCAACAAGCACGAUGUCGGGCCCUUAUCAUGGCAGCUGAGGAGGCGGCGGAGGUUGGGAAUGAGGAGGCGGUCACGCGGCUGUACGCCGAGGGCGUUGUGGAUGCCCGGCGGCUGACGCAGUAUACGCCCAAUGACUGGACAGCCUGGGCGUUUCUGGCAAAGGCGCAGCUGGGACGGGGCGCGAUCAAGAAGUCACUGCAGGCAUGGGAGCAGGCAUUGACUGUCGCGGAGGCUGCGGAAGAGAGCGAGGAGAUUCAGAAGAUCAUCCGCGAGAACAUUGCUGCAUCAAGAAUGAGCCUUGCCGAGGAGUUUUUGGAAAUGGCUGGGAUCUCGGACCCAGCCGAGCGGCAUCGGAGUAUGAAUGAGAUCAAGGAGUGGGAUUUUGAGAUCCUGGGUAAUGUCAUCAAAUGGUGGUCGAACGUUCAUGCUCAGCAGGAGGAGGGACUGGUCAAGUUCGCUCAGAGCAUCGAGUGGCCCUACGUCGACGAGGUUCGCGGACGUAUCAUAGGCAUCUUCGAGCGUAUGUUUGCUAUGCAAGAACAAGGGGUGUUCCCCAGCUUGCACGACUGGCUAUAUGGCCCGCUGCUGCCGGGGAACUGGUUCGCGGAUAGCAUCAUGACAUCCCUAGUUUCCUGCACGGCAUCACUGUCCAACAUUGGCUUUUCGUCGAGCGAACGGCCCGGGCUCGUUCUGCCUAGAGUUACGUACUGGCGAACCUCGACUGUGCUCGGCCGCGUGCUGGCCGCCCUUCCUGGGGUCAAAUCCGUCAACGGAUGGGUGGGGCCGUGUCCCCCUGUCCAGAUCGAUCUAGACUUUGAAGGCGAGCCACAGAUGCUCUGGGUAGACGUUGGAGGCAUUGCGCGCGUCCCGCCCAAUUUGCAGCGAGUACCCUUUUACGACCCCAUCGCAUACAACGAGGACGUAGACAAAGACGGAGCCACGUAUGCCACGGAAAUCACCGACCCCUCCAAAUGGACCAUCCCAAUUCCCCCAGUCCGCGACGAGAGGCAAUACAUCCUCAAAUCCAUUCAACUCAGACACACCAAGGAAAACGAAAAGAGUUUCGAAAGCGAAGACCUGAAAUGUGAUGCCGACCUCGAAUUCGUCGUAGCCCAACCCGCACACGAGGAAACGAGCAGGCGGAAGAUCUUGGCCCGAAAGCUCUUCAGUCACGAGCCUUCGUCCAAGACACAUACAGUUCAGCUCCGCACGAGUCCGGCCUUUGUGGUUCCGCCCAGGUGUGAUGCCUCGGAUGCUGCGGGACAUCCGGUCCAUGGGAGGGAGGCGGGUGAGUAUCAGAUGCAGACUUGGACUCCGAACGAGCUUGUCGACGAUGAAAAGUUUGCUAAAGCUGAGCUUGGUGGUCUCAUUGUUAUCAAUGCUACUGGACAGGGGGCGGAGACUGUGGCAAGGGCUGUGUGUGCGCUCCGGGGACUUAAUGCUGUCAUCCGGAUUCCACAGGGCCCGUGCUAUAAGUGUGCUGUCAAGGCUACAAGGGGGUUGAGGAUGGGUGCGCUGAUUUGGUGUAAUUAA